AUGAAAUCUUCUGCCCCUCCAACAACUGACAACUCUAAAAUUUCAACAAAUAAUUCUCAACAAAAGAAUGGGUCUGUUUCCUCAACACAACAAAAUUUACAAAGUCCGGCUAGAAAAGUUCAGAAUAUUAUUGCAAUAAAGCCAAGAAUUAAAAGAAAAGUUGUGGAAUUAUUUUGUUCUGAAGUUAGAUGGUUUUUUAGACGAAAAGAGGACACAAAAUGGAUGCCUUUUAAAGUUGCUUUUAGACGUCAAAAAGGAUUAGAAUUUGAUGAGGAAACAACAAAAUUUUUGAAUUCUUUACCCGAAUCUGUAAUUGUAAUGGAAGGUAAUUACGUGGCAGAUGAACAAUUGCAAAAUAUUAAUGCAAUAUAUUGGAAGGAGGAUACUUUUCAGAUUCGUCGAGGGACUUGGUUUUAUAUGGAAACCUGUCAGCCUCUUCCAGAUGAUUUUGCUGAUACAAUUGAGACUCACCAUUUAAAAAGCUUUAAAGGCAAUGUUAUUCCAGAAACACCUGUUUUUAGUGAAUCGGAAUCCAGCAAAAAACCUGAAUUAACCACAGUUAAAUGGGGAGAUGAAAAAGUUUGUUGGAAUUCUGUUGUCGAUGUCCAUAUAGCUUCAAAAAGUAAUGCAGUUGUUCGUUUUUUGACUAGGGCUAAAACUGUUCCUUUGCGUAGAGGAUAUAUUGAAAUGGCAAACCCAGAGGAAGGAAGACCUAAAUUCUCUGAUUUGGUUAAUUUUUGUUUUUAUUAUUUACAAAUCUUUUAA